ACUGCAACUAAUCAUCAAUAGAUAAAUUCAAACUUUUCCGUCAAAAAUCACAACCAUGCCCAAUUCCGAAUUUCACGAAACGACGACGUCGCACUCCAAGAGACGCGACGGCAGGAAGAAGUUCAAGGUGACGCGCCACCCGGUGUACCGCGGCGUGCGGCUGAGGAACUCCAACAAGUGGGUAUGCGAGCUGCGGGAGCCGCGCCACCAGAAGCGGGUGUGGCUGGGGACCUACCCCACGCCGGAAAUGGCCGCCAGGGCCCACGACCUCGCCGCAUUGGCUCUCAGGGGGUCCGCCGCCUGCCUCAACUUCGCCGACUCCGCCUGGCGCCUGCCGCUCCCCUCGUCUAAGGACGCCAAGGACCUCAGGAAGGCGGCCGCCGCAGCGGCGGAGGCUUUCCGUCCCAGGCCACGAGAGGAGGCUUGUUUGAAGAGGCGGAUUGACAUUUUCGAGGUGUCCGGCGUGGUGGGGCUGGCGGAGGCGGUUCUCAUGUCGCCGCCGCCGUUGUUGGGGUGGCGAUUCAGUUGGGAUGAGGUGGAGAGCGUUGCUGAGGUGGACUUGGCUUUGUGGAAUUUCUAAAUUUGGAUGAGUGGAAGUAGUCAAAUUUUGGGCUAAUUUGUUUGAUUACUCUUUUAUUUUUAUUUUUGGGUACAAAAUAGAAAUGGAAAAGUAGUGUAGUGAUAGGUUCAAACCAUUGCCACUGCUCUUAUUACUGCACAUGGCGUUUAAAUAUUUUGGUAUAGUUUAGAGUACAUUUUCGCCAAUAAAUGAUCAUACAAUUAUUGCA